AUUACGACAUCAUCUCAACCAAUCCGCAUCCGUCGGCGACAGGGAACUCCGAAUCGAAAUCUGCUCAAGCAACACCCCAAAUUGCAUAAAUCUCUGGCAUCGAGAUUCUUGUCAAUACUCAACUUAUACGAAGACAAUUUUGGUACUGGUAUCUUGGGAGGAAUUCAAUUGCAGACUUGGAGCAGGACAUCUUGGUAGAAAGGACAGACAAUUUACAACAAUGGGCGAGUCAAACGGCACCGAAGAACGGAGAGCUACUUUCCCUGCAGGUACAAUAGCGAAAUUGACAUGCGACAUACUGAAUGACACCUUCUACAAUAUCAUUCAUGAUAUAGUCGCAAAAGUCCAUCGCGAUGAGAAGGUGUCGCGCAUGCGUUCAGCGGUCGUUGCUGCCAGGCAGAAAGCAGACGAGGAAGCGAACAGGCGUCGUGAAGAAAGCGGAAAACCGGCUAGCGCCUUUAAGCCUGGCGAUCUUGAUUUCGAGGAACUCAGGGACAUCCGCGUGGAGACUGACGGAGCCAUCUUCGAUGAGGGCAAGGUCUACUUGAAAGGAAAUCCUCUGCAGACUACUAAGGAGAUCAUCUGUCCGGACUGCCGGCUGCCUCGCCUUUUGUACCCCGUAACAGGUAUUGGAGCGCGUGCCCCUCCCGACCCGUACCGCGAAUACUGUCAGAAGCAACCGACUAUCACGAAGCCCGGACACGACGUUCACGGAAACCCCUUCGUUACGGACAAGGUCAAACCUCAGAAAAAGAAACAAGCCAUUACCUCGAAUACGCCCGGAUCGAGCCCACCCACGACCCCAGACGGCUCUUUCAAGCAGGCUGCGCCAGAGAGGAUCUCGUUCCCGACCGUGAAGUGCCCGAACUGUCCCAGAUACUUUGUUGUAACUCGAGUGGCGCAGCAUCUAGACCGCUGCUUGGGUAUCUCCGGCCGACCACUCGGUGGCCGCAACAAGACUCCCAUGGAGAACGGCAGCGCAACUAGCAGCAACCCCAGCUCCGCUCCACCAAAGCGCCCCUUGGUCGACGAGGAUGGCCCGCCAACCAUGAACAAGAAGAAAAAACUUGGUGCCCCGAAAAAGCUGACGGGGAAGAAACCCACGCCUCCCAGCAGCAAGCUCAAGAACGGGUUAACACCGGACAUGGCCGCAGCAAAUGAUGCAUUCGGUGAACCCGAUAUCAAAAGUGAAGUCAACGGGGACAACUCAUGAGAGAAGAAAGACGCAAUCUGCUCUUAUCCUUGACCCCUCUUGUUCCUCCUUCUUCCUUACCACUUAAUACCUCCCUUCACCUCUUUUUCUCCUCCCUUU